UUAGCGGAAGGACACUGUGAUUAUGUUCGCGGAAAUGGGACUGAUCAGAAGCCAACUCGUCACCCUUUUACUCUAUGUACUCGUCGUCAAUGAGAUUCGUCUUCCCCUGGUGACAUGCCAGAAUGAAGACAGUAUACAGUGUAUGCCUAGAACGACUUUCCUAUCGCUAUUACGUCUACCGGAAGUGAACCCGAAUUUGGCCGCCUAUUCAAGAACAGUAAGGGUGGACACAAGAAAUCGUAACGACAUUGCACGUUUGAGAGCCUUGGCCGAAGAAUCCGAUGACCCAGAGAUCUGUGUUCCUAGCCGUGUUUAUUCGCAAUUGUACUCAAACAUGGAUCCUGGUUUCGCUAUGAAUGGAAGAACACAGAGAUUUACCGAUUUACUUGGACGAUUGUACGAUGACAAUCUAGAGACAGAAUUAUUGUCAGAAUCACAAAAACGAAGCAUCGCGAUGCUUGCUAAAAAUGAUGAUCUACCGAUCAGCAUCCAGGAUCGUUUGGGUGAGAAGGAGGAUGACCAGGAGAAGAGGGCUGUUAUUUCUAGCAAUCAGAGUGGCUCCGAUGCAGAAGUUCCUCAGAACUCCGAGGAAUCAAUGGAAAAGCGAAACGUGGGGACAUUGGCCAGAGAUUUUGCCUUACCACCAGGUAGACGAAACAUCGCCUCCCUUGUUCGAGAUUACGAGCUUCAAAGCAAGAGCAACAAAGCUCCUCUGGUACCUUCGGCAGGCAAAAGGAACGUGGCAUCCUUGGCGAGGACCUUCACUUUACCUCAGAACGGCAAAAGAAACGUUGCCUCUGUAGCCAGAAACUAUGGUCUGCCAUAUGGGAAACGUUACGUCGGUUCUUUGGCUAGAAUCGGUGAUUUCCCUGUUCGGGAUCAAAGGAGCGUCGCUUCGUUGGCGAAGAAUUCCGCCUGGCCUGUCACGUUGAAACGAGGAAUUUCCGUGCCCGGUACCGUGAUCCUGAGAGCUCUUUCCCGUCACGGCAGAUCCCUGUCCGACGAGCUGAACGCGAGAAACUACUUGCUGGAUCUUCAGGAGUUGAUUAAUCAGAACGAGGAUUACGAGGAUGGAGAGAAGUCGAAUGGUUAUGAAACGAGGGAUGGUAUGAGCGAUAGGAGACUCAAGAGGCAGAUUGAUUUCUCGGAUGAUUACCCUUUGCCGGUGAUGCAGAACACGAACGUCUUUGAUUACGAAGAAAUGAUGGAGGCACUUAAUGGACAAUAUCCGAAUGCCGAGAAGAGGUUCUUGGAAACAGGUACCGCAGUGGAGAUGCCAUCGGUAGACCAGUUCGGCUACCCGGAAACUUUUCAAGCAAGUAAAAGACACAUCGGCUCCCUGGCACGUAGCGGUUGGCUACCAUCAUUAAGGGCAGCGCGAUUUUCGCGAUCGCCUCGGUAUUUGAAUAGCAGGGAGAAUCCCGCAGAUGGGCCCUCGUCCGACUACUCCAUCGCCCCGUCGCCAAGGUCGCUAAGACGAAACUUCAACGCAAGGUCAUUCAACCAACCUCAAGGCUACAUUCAAGCCUUGCACGGAGAUUGUCGACACGGCUUCAAAAGGUUUUUUGGGUUACCGACUACCGAUAAUUACCUUCGUCAGAAACUCCCUAGCUCACCGCGGACCAUUUAAAACUUCAUUUAACAUUUUAUCACUUAUGAAAUUAUUAUACCAUUGGAAUAUUCUCUCGUACAUCUCUUAAACAAUCUUUAGAGACAUAAAAUUGGGCAACUAUAUGUAUUCUACUUCAGAAAAUUGAAUUUUUCUUUAGGGUUUUUUCAGUUACGUACUUACAGUUGGUAAAUCGUUGCUAGUGACUUUUUUCGGUUUAUCUACAUAAGAUAAAAAAACUUUAUAAUGUAUUUAUAUAGGGAAAUACUAUUACUUUCUUUAUAUUUCAGCAUAAUCUUCAAAUAAUUUACAGAAGAAGGUAAAAUUGAGGAAGUUUACGUAUAUUGCUUAAUAAAAUUAAAUUUUCUUUAGGGAUUUUUUCCAGGAAUAUAUCUACAAUUGGUAUAACUUCAUCAAAUCGUUGCUAGUGAUUUUUCUUGAUUGAUCUGCAGAGGGUAAAGAAACUUCGUACACUAUUCUUUAUACUAUUAUUGAAUUUAAAUAAAAGGGCUUACAUUUCAGCAAUUUCUUUAAAGAAAUAAGACAAUGUGACAUAGAUCAAGCUUCUCCAUUACUAUUAUGCUUGUUGUUAUAAUCAACGUCGUCUGAAAAUUUCUUGAACUCUAGAAUUAGAGAAAGAAGUAUUAUUUUUGAUGUAAGGUACUCUACGUCUGAUAACUAUUUGUUGUAGAUUAUUUAUCACUAGCGACAGAGACUUUUAUAAGAUGAAUUAGUUAAGCUGUUUAUUAAUAUACAAUCUAAUACGUACUAUUUUAUAUAUAUAUACACAUAUAAUAGUGACUUUGUACUGUAUUUAAUUUAGUGCUUACUAUUUCUCUAUUCUAAAAGUAAAGAAAAUAGCAGUUCAUCUGCAUUCAAAUACUGAGCGACGUUCAAUUUUUUACGAAGCAACAUUUGUAAACUAUAAACAUUUAGAAAAUAUUAAUUGGUGUAAUAGCUUUCUCAACGUGGUAGUUCAAUAGAAAGAAAUUCAUCAAUUGAUUUCUUAAUUUAUAUCAAAAUUUAAAUGAUUACACUCUUCAAAUUAAUUUUAAUAGAACUUUUGCAGCUAGAGAAAAACAAUACAAUAAAAUUGCACGUUGCUCCAGUAAUUUUUACUCCAUCUCAGAUCUUCGGUACAAUAAUUGUUUCUUAUUUAGCUUAAGCUUAAUUAAGUUUCUAAAGGUCUCUUUUUCAAUGUUCAAAUACGAGCUCGAUUAGACAAUAACCAGUGACAAUAAUAAUAUAAUGAUAAUAUUAAUAAUGCUAAAAUAAUGUGUGUAAUUUCAGAUGUUAUUUCUAUUUCUAUAUUGACAAUGUAAAGCAUGCUUGCAAUUGAAAUGUAGUAUAUCCAUAUUUAAUCGUCUUUCUUUUUUAAGUAAAGUCACUAAUUCUUUUAUGAAAAAAAAAUCAUGAAAUUUGAAAUUUUUUGAGGCCACAAUUUACAAGCUCAGAAGAAGAGAAGCCGUGGCGUGAUCUUCGACGUAUAGCAAGUAGUCGGUGUAAAUCUUUUAGUGCUCAGGGCUUUGCAAGCUCGAUAUAGUAUAAUUAAACGCGAGAAUCAGCUUUCUUUUGUCUAUAAUACUAAUAGAUAGAUGAUUGUGUAAUACGUGUAUGUUAAUAUUAUAAAAAAAAAAAAUGAGAUACGAUCUUAAAUCGAUACAAUAUCAUCGAUUUGUCACUUAUUGUUCGUGUCUUCGAUUAUUACGGUAAUUGUAUUUAUGUGUUUAUCUAGACAAUAAUGGGUAAACGUAAUGACAAUAAAUCGAUAAUAAUAAAUGGUAAAAUAAAGAUCCUGUUUGUCAUAUCAUCAA